CAGUUGGCUGGCUUAAAGUAACAUCCUCGAUGGGUUGAAAUUGUCAGAAACCACAAUCCCUUCAAUUUCUCAACUCCAAUCACUUUUGCCACCCAAUUUUAUCUCAUAUCAUUUUGCAGAAACAAAGACAGAAAGUUUGUUACGUUACAACCUCACAAUUGCAAUAACGUUGCGUAUAAGAGAAGACAGAAAUUUCGCUGGUUCCUCCUUUGUCUGAGGAUCUUGGAGAGGAGGAAACAACAAACAAACAAAAAAAACCCGGAAAAAAGAAAGAAAAAGAGAAAACAAAAUAAAAAUGUCUUUCACAGGAACAACUGACAAAUGCGAUGUUUGCGAUAAGACAGUCUAUGUGAUGGACAUGUUGUCAAUUGAAGGAAUGCCUUACCACAAGUCUUGCUUCAAAUGCACCCAUUGCAAAGGCACCCUUGUGAUGAGCAACUACUCAUCCAUGGACGGAGUCUUGUACUGCAAGACUCAUUUUGACCAACUCUUCAAGGAAUCUGGCAAUUUCAGCAAAAAUUUCCAACCAGGAAAAACUGAGAAGCCGGAGCAUACAAAGACUCCAAGCAAGAUAUCAUCCAUCUUCUGUGGAACACAAGACAAGUGUGCUGCUUGUGAGAAAACUGUUUAUCCUCUUGAAAAGGUGCAAAUGGAAGGAGAAUGCUUCCACAAGACAUGUUUCAGGUGCGCUCACGGCGGCUGCACUCUGACUCACUCCUCAUACGCCUCCCUAGACGGCGUCCUCUAUUGCCGGCAUCACUUUAACCAGCUCUUCCUGGAGAAAGGCAACUAUGCUCACGUCCUCCAAGCAGCCAACCACCGUCGCACCGCCUCAGGCAACUCUCUUCCUCCGGAGCCAACCGAAGAGGUCGCCGUCGAAGCCAAGGAAGAGAACGGCGCUUCACAGUCUUGAACAAUACCAUCCGGGCGGUGAUCAGCUGUGAGUGAUUUGAAUGAAUGUUGCAGCGAAAGAUUUGAUAUCAUUUGUAACGAGUUGUUUCCAUAUGAAGACGACGUUGUUAUUAAUUUUGUUUUCUGAUUUACAUUAUCUAAUUAUUAUUACGAACGAAGAAAACAAAAUUCGAUUUUCCACUGUGUGAUUAUUUGCUGAUGGUGGUGUCUACUGGAGAUUCGUAGUCUACACUUGGAAGUGUCGUUUCGUAGUCUCGAUGAUUAAUGUUUUUGAAUGAUUUGCUGACA